UGAGCAGGAGGUCUAAGCUUCUGAGGACUGUGCAAACUGAUGUAAAAUUUGUUUCUGUUGUGAGUUGUGACUAUGUUGCGUGCGACAGUCGCAACUCGCAAGUAUCUCUAUUAGUGUGAUCACGAUCAGUUGCAUUAGCUGUGUAUUUUGUGAUGAUUAGAUUGUAUAAAUUGUGUUUUUAUGACAUUUGCAUUUCACUGAUAAUAAUUUAGUAAAAAAUUAAAUAUUUAAUUUUACUGUUGUGUCGAGUGAAUAAGUGACAAAAUGGUAUAUUUUUGUCAAUCAACGAAGUCGACGAUCCUAUGUAUAGUUCCCCGAUCUUUGCAAUAUUAGGAGCCAUUUACACAUGGCGAGAAGUCACGUAGGCAUUAGUGAAUUUUAAACGUGGGAUUUUAAAUUGUAAUCUAUUUCUGACGGUUACUAUUAUUAAUGUACUUCUUAGAAACAUGGAUAGCAAAAAUAUUCAAAAAAAUGCUAUGCAGAAAAGUGCUGAAUUUACUUUCACACCUCCACCGGAGGCGCCCAUAUUUGAGCCUACGGCCGAAGAAUUUAUGGACCCUUUGGGAUAUAUCGCUAAAAUUCGUCCUGUCGCAGAAAAAACAGGCAUUUGUAAAAUAAAGCCACCUGCUCGUUGGCAGCCACCUUUUUCUCUAGACGUAGAUAAAUUAAAAUUUGUUCCACGGAUUCAAAAAGUAAAUGAGUUGGAAGCCAUAACUCGAUUGAAACUUUUGUUUCUUGAAAAAAUCUUAAAAUUUUGGGAAUUACAAGGAUCUCCGCUAAAAAUUCCUAUGAUUGAAAACAAAACGUUAGACUUGUAUUGCUUAAAAUUUUGGGUUGAUGAAGAAGGAGGAUUUGAAAAUUGCAAUUGUCCUAAAAAAUGGCGAAAGAUAGCCAAUACUAUGGGUUACAGUCAGAGUACAAUAACAAUGAAUUUUCUCAGAAGUAAUUAUGAAAAGAUUCUUCUUCCUUACGAAAUAUUUGAAAAAAGCAAAGCAGAUAUCUUAAAGACUGUCAAAAAAGUUGAAACUAAAACUGAAAUUAAAGAUGAUAAUGAUACUGGAAAGCAAUUAUUUAAAGAAAUUUUAAUAGAAUCUAUAACCAAACUAAGAAAUGAAAAUGUUGCUGAUGAGAAACCACAUACAAGUAUCAAAAAAGCAAAGACAGGUUCAGAUAUUAAACCUGAUCAUGACAGUGGAAAGUUCAAAAUGGAUUUUGAGGAUAUCAAGCGUAACAGAGAAUUAAGAAAACUAACUUGUUAUGGACCUGGGCCAAAAAUGCCUGGUCUGAACGAUGAGGAGUUUGAUAUUACUAAAUCCAGGAAGAGACCUAGAUAUGAUUUAGAUCCAUUGGCUAUAUAUAUUUGUGCUAUUUGUCACAAAGAUCACAGAGAUGAUUUAUUAUUGAUUUGUAAUGGAUGUUCAGACACAUAUCACACAUUUUGCCUCAAGCCCCCCCUUAGUGUGGUGCCCGAUGGUGAUUGGCGUUGUCCUUGUUGUAUUGCUCAAGAAGUCCAUAAGCCAGCUGAAGCUUUUGGAUUUGCUCAAGCAGAGAGAGAGUAUACCUUGCAACAAUUUGGUGAAAUGGCAGAUAAAUUCAAAUCUGAUUAUUUUGGAAUGUCUGGUCAUUUAGUGCCAACAAAUGUAGCAGAAAAAGAAUUCUGGAGGAUUAUAUCAUCAGUAGAAGAGGAUGUCACGGUAGAAUAUGGUGCAGACUUGCAUUCUAUGGAUCAUGGGUCUGGUUUCCCAACAAAAUCAUCACUCAAUUUAUAUCCUGGUGAUCAAGAAUAUGUUGACUCAGGAUGGAAUUUAAAUAACUUGCCUGUAUUAGAGGGUUCUGUUUUAAGAUUUAUUAAUGCUGAUAUAUCUGGUAUGACAGUACCAUGGAUGUAUGUUGGCAUGUGUUUCUCAGCAUUUUGUUGGCACAAUGAAGAUCAUUGGAGUUAUUCAAUUAAUUAUUUACAUUGGGGUGAAGCGAAAACUUGGUAUGGAGUUCCAGGUAAUGGAGCAGAGCUUUUAGAAAAUGCUAUGAAAGCAGCAGCACCUGAUCUUUUUAAAUCACAACCGGAUUUGUUACAUCAACUUGUUACAAUAAUGAAUCCCAAUAUAUUGAUGGCAGCUGGAGUACCAAUAUAUAGAACUGAUCAGCAUGCUGGUGAAUUUGUUGUGACAUUUCCCAGAGCAUAUCAUGCUGGAUUUAACCAGGGAUACAAUUUUGCUGAAGCUGUUAAUUUUGCUCCUCCUGAUUGGCUUAAAAUUGGUCGUGAUUGUAUAAUGCAUUAUAAAAAUUUAAAAAGGUUUUGUGUAUUUUCACAUGAUGAAUUAAUAUGCAAAAUGGCACUGGAAGGAGAUCGUCUAGAUUUAGACACAGCUUUGCAAACUCAGAAAGAACUAGUUCAUGCUACUGAAGAGGAGGGCAGAUUAAGAGCAUUGAUUGCUAAAAAUGGGUUGAAAAAUGUCCGCAGGACUGCUUUUGAACUACUUGGGGACGAUGAAAGGCUAUGUGAAAUUUGCAAAACAACUUGCUUUUUGUCUUCUGUGUCAUGUGAGGAUUGCAAACAUAUGGCUUGUUUACAACAUGCCAUUUCUGAAGAAUUUUGUCAAUGUUCUUUGAAUAAAAAAACAUUGUUUUACCGUUAUGAUAUGGAUGAACUUCAUAUUAUGUUACAGACAAUUGAUUUUAGAGUAAAUAGUUUUGAUAAAUGGAUGACUGAAACAAAAAACAUUCUAUUGCCAACCGCUCCAGAUAUUGGCAGACUUCAGAAACUAAAAGUUUUAGUAGAUGAAGCAGAAGAACUCAAAAUACCAAAGUGUACAUUACUAACUCAACUAAAGGAAGAAUACACUAAAGCUACCGAUAAUGUAGAACCAAUUGUUAUUGAGUUAGAUGAUGAUUAAAAAUUAUGCUUCAUGGAAAGAACCGAGCAUUAGUACAAAGUAAAAAAAAAAAUUAUUUUAUAUUUAUAUAAUUUCAUGAGUGGAAAAGCAAAAUAAUAUGCAUUUUAGUUGCUGCACAAGUUGUAAUAGUUUUAAAGGUUAAAUAUUUAUGAGUAAAUAAAAGUUUUCUUAUUCAUGUUCAACUAAUAUUGUUGCUAAUUAAAUCUAGCGUAAUUUGUUCGUUACAAACACCUACUUACAAGUAUCUACUUGUACAGACACUAAAAUUGCAUCAAAACUUUUUUGCCAUUUAACAAAUGUGAUGGUCUAGUUUGUAAGCUACUGAUAUAAAUGGAAGUUUAUUUGAUAUCAUCACAAUUAAUAGCAGCUGAAAUAAGAUAUAUAUUCAUUUUGUAUAAUGUGAAUAGUAUACAUUAUGUACUGUAAGUAUAAUGUAUAACAUAAUUAAAAAUUAAUUAUAAUAAAUUAGUUUUAAAAACUUAACGUCUGUGUAUUAACAUUUUGUAUCUAAAAAAAUAUUAGAAUUUUGGAAGUGAUGUUAAGAAUCCCACCGUUUUGAAUAAGAUGUUCUUGUAAUAAGGAAAAAAGUAUUUAAUUUUAGAACGUAGUAAUAGAAAAUAUUACUAUUGUUCCCUAUGAUAAAUUUGAUCUCAUUAAGUACUCUGGUACUGGAAAUUAAAGUUGAUAUAUUGUGGGAUUUACUUUCAUUAACUAUACUCUUGUCAUAUUUUGACUUUAAUUUUUCUUUCCACAAACAGAAAAGGCCUAGUACUUGAUAAAUAAUUGCCUCGUCUUGUCUUGCCUUUUUAUUUUAUGUUGUUACUUAUUAAUGUUGUUGAACAAGUGAUUCAUUAUAACAGUUCCGGAAUGCAGUGAGUUGUAUGCAGUGAGUUGAAGAAGAAUAAUCCCAUAAUGUCAUUAAUUGUCUUCUAGUGCUAUCAAUUUAACAAAUCGGGAUAAAUAUAUUAAAUCUGAUCCUGAAAGUUUAUAAAAAUGGGUAAGCACAGGUAGCACCAUAAGACACUAGGAUAAGCUCGUAUUUCUGAGGUUAGAAUUAAUUUACUAAGUACCUUAAAUUUAGUGUAAAAGGAGGCUAUGAUUAAUGAGAUGUAUAUAUAUAUAAUGGGAAUAUAUUUAAUAGCAACUUAGGCAGUAUUCCUAUUUAUUGUAAAUUAAAAUAGUUUACACAGUACUAUAGUCUUGGAAUAAUUAUUAUGUUGAUCACAAAUGAAGAUUUAUGCCAUUAUUGAAGGAUAAGCAAAUUUUAAUUAUUGACAGGAUUCUAUGACUCAAUUGAACUUUUAUGUGAUUUAAGGUUUUUCAUUGAUUAAUACAUGUUUCUUUUGUGAAAUGUUGCAUGACAAAACUAUGAUUAUCAUUGCUGCAAAUGCACACACUUGUACCGUUUUAUGAAAAUUACAAAAAAAUAUUUAACUAAUGUUAAAAGCCUUUGGUUUAAAAUAUAUUUAAAAUGAAAUAUCGUGUCUAUUUCCUAAUGAUAUUUGUGUUCAUGUUCUGUAUUUGAGAUUUAACAAUUCGAUGUGAGAAGC